AUGCUCAACUUCCUCAUCCUCCCACUGCUCUCUGCAGUAGCAUUGGCAGCACCAUUGGACGAACGCCAGUCUGGUCCAUCCGUCACCAUACAGAAUGGCACAGUCGUAGGAUCCUCCUUUGCAGGCGUCGACAGCUUCAAGGGCAUCCCCUUUGCACAGCCACCAGUUGGGAACUUGCGUCUCCGCCCACCACAGUCGAUCAACAAGUCCUUCGGCACACUGCAGGCGACAGGAAUGCCAAAGGGAUGCCCACAAUUCAUCUCGCAGGUCAACACUGGCAACUUACCUCAGGAUGCACUGGGCAUGCUCCUCAACUCUCCCUUGGUGCAGACCGUCACCAACUCCGGCGAGGACUGUCUGACGAUUAAUGUACAGCGACCAGCUGGCGUGUCUCCAUCGGCCAAGCUGCCAGUGCUGUACUGGAUCUAUGGUGGAGGUUUCGAGGCAGGUAGUGCCGGAAUGUACGAUGGGUCUAGCAUUGUGAAGAAGAGUGUCAGCCAGAAGCAGCCGAUCAUUUACGUGAAUGUCAACUACCGCCUGGGAGGCUUUGGCUUCCUCGCUGGCAAGGAUUUGGCCAACGAGCACUCCACCAACUUGGGACUUCGUGAUCAGAGGCUCGGCCUGCAGUGGGUGGCGGAGAACAUUGCUGCUUUCGGUGGAGACCCGGACAAGGUCACGAUUUGGGGAGAAUCUGCAGGCGCCAUUUCUGUCGCUGACCAGACUCUGAUCAAUGGUGGCGACAACACCUACAAGGGCAAGCCUCUAUUCCGUGGUGCGAUCAUGGAUUCGGGUAGUAUCAUUCCUGCACAGCAAGUGACCACGCAGAAGCCACAAGCAGUCUUCGACACUGUCGUUGAGAAUGCUGGCUGCUCUGCGGCCACAGAUAGACUCGCCUGCCUGCGAAGCCUGGACUACACCACCUUCCUCAACGCCGCAAACUCAGUGCCCGGAAUCUUCAGCUACCGCUCUGUCGAUCUAGCAUACUUACCCCGUCCAGACUCAGGCGACAACUUCUUCCCCGAAUCUCCCGACAUCGCCAUCAACGCCGGCCGCUUCACCAAAGUCCCCGUCAUCAUCGGCGACCAAGAGGACGAAGGAACCCUCUUCUCCCUCGUCCAAGGCAACAUCACCACCAACGACCAGCUCGUCACCUACCUCGCCUCCUACUUCCCAGACAACGCCAACGCCAACGGAGAUAUCCGCACUCUCCUCACGACCUACCCCAACCAACCCAUCCUAGGCCAACCAGCAGGCUCCCCUUUCCGCACUGCAGGCCUCAACAACAUUUACCCACAAUUUAAGCGGCUCGCCGCUGUUCUCGGCGACAUCACUUUCACGCUCACUCGCCGCGUCUACCUCUCCGUCGUUGGUCCCCAAGUCAAGUCUUGGUCUUACCUCUCCACCUACCUCUACGGCACUCCGAUUCUCGGCACGUUUCACGGGAGUGAUGUCAUCUUUGCGUACGGACUGGCUGGUCCUAGCCCGAUCACGGACUCGAUUCAGACGUACUUUGUCAACUUCGUGAACAACCUGGAUCCGAAUGUUGGGGCUACGGGACAGACUUUGUGGCCGCAGUGGCAGAGUGGGAAGUCGCAGUUGUUGAACUUUGAGGCGCUGAGGAACUCGUUGUUGGCGGAUGAUUUCAGACAGGCUAGCUAUCAGGAUCUGGCGGCGAGUCAGACUGAGUUUAGGAUCUAG